UCCGGCCAGGCGACGGAAAUGACGACAUAAAACUACACCGUGUUUACUAACGGCGGCAGCUAAAUAGUUGUCUGAAAAAUAACGUUGUUGUUACCAGAGAGUUAAAUCAAUUUAAUCCAGCAAACAGAGUACAAAUAAUUACAGAUGGCGGAUCCUGCGGUGGCAUCGGGAGGCUCACUGAACGCAGGGACGCGUGGGAGUGGUAGUAAAGCAGCCUCCAGCCCCGCAGAGAACUACCACCUGGCCCGACGGCGCACCCUGCAGGUGGUCGUCAGUGCCCUCCUGACAGAGUGCGGCUUCGAGAGUGCAGAGAAGGCAGCGGUGGAAACACUCACUGAGAUGAUGCAGAGCUUUAUAACUGAAAUAGGUCGGUGUGCUAAAGCUUAUUGUGAACACACAGCCAGAAGCAUCCCAACCCUGUCGGACACAGUGGUCACACUCAUUGAAAUGGGUUUCAAUGCAGACGCUCUGCCCGUUUAUGCCAAGAGGUCACAGAGGAUGGUUAUAACUGCCCCUCCGGUGACGAACCCCCCUGUGACUCCCAAAGCACUCUCAGCCGGACAGAAACGCACACAUCCAGCCUACAUCCCCAGCCACUUCCCAGAGUUUCCUGACCCUCACACCUACAUCAAAACACCUACGUUCAGAGAGCCUGUGUCAGACUACCAAGUGGUGAGAGAGAAGGCAGCAAGUCAGAGGAGAGACGUGGAGCGAGCACUCACACGCUUCAUGGCCAAGACCGGAGAAACUCAGAGCCUCUUCAAAGACGACAUCAGCGCCUUCCCGUUGAUCGCAGCACGACCGAGCUCCAUUCCGUAUCUCAGCGCCCUCCUGCCCUCGGAGCUGGAAUUGCAGACCCUGGAGGAGACAGACUCCUCUGAGCAGGACGACCAGACGGACAACGAGAACACAGCAGGAAACAUCAUCACUGAUGAUGCAGGAGCUGAUAAAGAGAAUCCCAUACUUCCUCCCAGCGGCGUUGUUCCCUCCACAAAGGCCAGCGAAGACAACAUGAUUGACAACCCGUACCUCCGGCCGGUCAAGAAACCCAAAGUGAGGAGGAAGAAAUGAGUGGGGAGCCACUUGAACCAACAGACUGACGUUUGCCACAGUGGUUGGUGCUUUCAGCAGUCCAGGCUUUGAUUCCCUCCUUGCAGAGGAGCGGGACCAGUGGCUACUUUUCCUCAACGCUGGGACCAGUACUGCUGUUGGCUUUUUGUAUACUGACUGACCUCGAUUGAAGACAACUUGUUUUUGUGUUAACUAUCAUUUUUCUGAAAGCACUCACUUUGUUUACUCAGUGUGUGUACUGUCAGUAAGCAACACAUCACAAUGUAACAUACAAACCAUCCAGGUAUCAAGUCAUUUUGUGAAUAAAAACAACAUUUUCUUUUUAUUAAG